AUGCUCAACAGAUACGCCCGCUGGCGCCGAGUCCGCAGUAUCUCUCUCCUUGCGCCCGAUGACUGGCUCAUGAUGACGGUGGUACCGGCGUUCUACACGACGCUCAUUGUCAGUUUGAACGCGAUCGCCACGGGAGGCGGGAGUAAUCUGUAUCCCCCAGAGCAGUUUGGCACGUUCAGCAAGGAGGAAAUACAGGAGCGGAUCCGGGGGUCCAAGAUAGUGAUUCUUUCUGAGCAGGCCAUGCUAAACCUCAUCUGGACCCUCAAAUCCAGCAUGCUCUUCCUCUACGCCCGCCUCUCCGCCUCCACCACCCACCUGCGCUACAUACGCGCCCUCUCCGUCUACGUCUACCUCGGCUGGCUCGCCCUCCAAAUCACCUUCUUCACCGCCUGUCGACCGUUCAGAGGCUAUUGGAGCAUGCCGCCUCCGGACCCGCAGUGCGCCACGUACCAGACGUAUGCCAUCGUGCAGGCCGUGUUCAAUCUCAGCAGUGAUGUGGCCAUGUUGGCGAUUCCGGUGCCGAUGCUUUGGGGGCUCCGGAUGCCGGUGAAGCAGAAGGUGGGGUUGGGCGUGGUGUUUGGUAUGGGGUUGUUCGUCGUACGUGACCUUCUACUCUUUUCCUCCUUUCUCUUCCCCUCGACGUCAAUUCUACUCUCCCUCUCCCUCUGCCUCCUCUCCUCUUCUUCCCUCCUCCCCCCCAACUCUUACACUCUCCCUCCUUCCACCCCACCAGCAUCAUCUUCCUGGAUUCAAUACACAUCCCCCCAAGCUACCCAUGCUAAAAGACUCCCCUCAUACAUAAAGAUCACCGCCGCCACCCUCACCAAAAUCAACAACCUCUCCUCCCUCUACUCAACCGUCUACAUGCUCUGGUACGUCCGCGAAGCCUCCGUCGCAGUCUACGUCGCCAAUCUCCCCUCCAUCUGGCCCCUGCUGCGCGAACACUUGCGCUGCCUGCGCACCCAUCUGUCGUCGUAUCCGAACGGCGCUAUGGGCAGGACUGCUACGGGUCUGCCGGGUUAUGGACUACAGGGGAGUACUCAUACUCAGCGUGGUCAUCAGGUGGGUAGUAGUAGGCUGCAUAGGAGCCUUCAUCGGGGGUCGAAAGUGGGGACUACGUCGACAGCCCUGGCUGUUGGAGAUGAGGGAAUCGAUCUGGGGAGAUCGAAUUUCCACAGAUGCGACCAUAAUGGUAGAAGUAGGCAGUGGUCGGGAUCCAGAGACGGUAAUGACAUCUACGGGCGCGAGUUCCGGCAUCUAGGUCUUGGAGCGGGGAGGCGGAGUUUAGACAGCGACGAAAAGGUGCUGAAUGAAGAUGGGAGUGCUGACUGGGCCACUGCCAAGGAAGGAGGACACAAAUUGGAAGUGCAUGUCGAUAGGACGAUUGAGGUGACGAGGGGAAGUUGGGAGGGUGGGUCCGAGGACGGCCGGCUGGAGAGGUUUAAGUGGGAGGUGGAGACACGGGCGCCGACGGUGAAAGUUGAGGGGCCGGAGGGCGAGGUCUGUCGUUGA